CGCUGGAACAUGAAACAGACCAUCAGCAGCACCACCAAAGAGUAGAGUAGACUGACACUAACGGCAAAUUCCGUGCGAUUUUACUAUCUGAUCAUGGCCUGAAACGAAGGAUGUUUUGGCGGAGAUGAAUUGCAAGAAUACGAGCUUCCAUGUGAACUCUUGAAGCAGCUCCGGGACUGAUGAAAGUGCGACAUAAAAUAGGUAAACUCAAAGACUAUUAAAGUAUCUCCUCGAAGCUUAAUAUAAGGUUCGCCGACGACAAUGCCAAAGAACUGGUCCAUGACAAGGGAUAAUUACACGGGCGUCAACAAGAUGCUAAAAACUGCCCCAUUUGGCACGAUGACAUGCCAUACCGGGGAGAUGGACCACAUUAGGAGAUUGAGAAACCGGAAGAGCACAGACACAAAAGCCCUGUCCUUGAACAAACCGAGAAUUAUGGAUCAACUUCUCACGAUGGAGAGUCUAUUGUUUCCGUCUUAUUAUUCCGCCAAUCAGGCUCUCUCACCAUCUCGUAAUAGGACAUUAUUCGAUUCCAUAUAUAACAUGAGCUGAGGACGUGUAAGUAGAAUCUCAGCAAGCAUCUCUGGUAGACAUUCGUUUUCUGUUCAUUCGUUUCUUUCCAACCCAACACUCGUUCAGCUAACUCACAUUCUUUCUUUCAACCACCACCAUGCGUUUCUCUUCAGCCGCUGGCCUCAUGGCCCUCGCUACGUCGACCGUAGCCCACCCCAACUCCGCCACCUCCGAUCUCGACGGCUCCGUCUGGAAAGCUCUCACACCUCUCAAGUCGCGCUCAUGGGCCUCUAUCCCCCGAAACCGUCCCACCAAGCGCCAGUCCGGCUGGAACCCGCCCUCCAACCUCGCCACCCCCCUCAAAGAAGUCUGGGACCACGAAGUCAAAACCUACAGCGACGCGCUCGGCUUUAAGAACUAUGGCUGGGACCAAGUCAUCGCUGGAAAGGGCCAGCUUAACGUCUGCGUUCGCUGGGAGUCUAGCGCUUCUGUGACUGCUGAGCAGCGCACCAAGGUUGCUGCUGCUCUUCAGGACUCGUAUAGUGCUUGGAUGAAGUGGGUUUCCGGCUAUGAUAACUUUCCCUACGAGGAAGUCAAGAUCAAUGUCGUUGGAUGGGCUGUGAAGAACAAGAGCCUUCUCCAGGGCUCUACUGAAGGUCUUGAUAUCUACACCGACACCGACGCCGAGGGCAUUCCCCAGUGCUCCGAGAAGUGCGGCCGUUUCUUCCACCAGGACGGUGACUACAGCAGCUGCCCCGGAGGAGCUGAGCGACACUACGAUAACUCCCUCUGGCUGACCGACGGUAUGCAGGGCGGAGCCGGUGGUGAUUGGGGACAGCGCAUUGGCCGGGAGUACUUCAUGGAUCUCCUUGGUCAAAAGGACAUUCACAUUCUCGAGCACGAGAUCGGCCAUACUUUCGCCCUUGACGAUUUCUACGACUGGACUCCCACCGGCCAGACCAACUUCAUCAUGCUUGCUGGUUCAUCCACCAAGGUCACUGACUUUGAUGGCUGGAUGUUGCGAAACUGGUGGUACGAGCUUUCUCGCAAGCGUGGCUGGCAAUCUACUGCUUCUAGCUCUGCCUCAAAGGGUACUUCAUCUGAGAAGGCUGUUACUCCCGUCUCGUCCAAGGCUGCUAGCACCAAGACUGCUGUUGCUAAGCCUACCACCACCACUGUCAAGCAGGCUGCUACCCAAACUGCGGCCAAGCCUGCCAAGGACACUACCUCAAGCGCUACUGCUGCUGCCUAUGCUCAGUGCGGUGGUGGUGCUGGCUAUACCGGCCCUACCAAGUGCGCCUCUGGUCUGAAGUGCACCAAGCACAGCGAGUGGUACUCUCAGUGCCUUUAAGCUGCCCCAUACACACACUAUCUGAGCUUGACGCUUGGAACCUUUUUGUAUAUACUUAGUCAUUGGAAAGGGAUACCUGAGUAUUAUAAGAAGACAUAAUAUACUACAUAUCGAUAUAGAUCCCACUGUUAUUCAAUGGGCCACAUAAAACCC